AUGGCCGAGAUUUAUAAUACGGACCGAUUCGCGGAGCUCUACUAUCCGUCUAACACAGCCGACCUCCUGCAGCUGGGCCUAGCAGCCAGAUAUGUAGCUCUCCUUUUCGAGUCCUAUCAGAUUACCUAUGCUUUUAUUGGAGGAUGGGCUGUAUAUUUGCGCGGCGGUCGCCGGAGCACCCAGGAUAUUGAUAUCGCCGUUGCGAGUCCGAUGAAUGUUUUGAAACAGAUACUAACCGCUCAACCCCGUAUUCACUUUCCGGCUGUUCAUGGCCGCACUUCUAUUCAGAUCUUUAUUGACACCGGGCGGACUUUUGAUGAGGAGUUUCCUCAUGUGCCGGAUUUGGCUGUCAGCAAUUUAGGUACACCCGAGGAUCUGCACUCGUCUCGCGAGCCCAUCAAUCCAUAUAGACCUACACCGCUAGCCUCACCAGUGCUGGUAUUAGGGCUUGUUUUUCAAAUACAUGCGAAGCUAGAUGCAUUUGCGAGGCGCGGAGAACAGGAGAGCAAGGAUUUCGUGGACCUGGAGUUCCUUUUCACGCAGUAUGCGACGCAGAUACCCGAGUUCAGGGAGUGCUUUAGUAGUGAGCAGCGGAGGCAUUUCUGGCUUCAUUACACGGGCAAAUAUGUGGGAUUUCCGGAUCAGGUUGAUAACAUGAGAAUAUUACUUGGGCUAUGA